GGAGGAGCAAAGAUCGGUUUCUGUUCAGAGGAAGUUAAUCUAUUCUACUGUCACUGGCACAAGCUGAAAUGGCGCAGCAAGAAAAUCAACUGGACAGAGAAAGAUUCUGCUGUUCGAUCUGUCUGGAUCGACUGAAGGAUCCGGUGACUACUGUCUGUGGACACAGCUACUGUAUGAGCUGUAUUAACACCCACUGGGACAAAGAGGAGGAGAGAGGAAGCUACAGCUGCCCUCAGUGUAGACAGACCUUCACACCGAGGCCCGUCCUGGGGAAAAACACCAUGUUAGCUGAUUCACUGGAGGAGCUGAAGAAGACUGGACUCCAAGCUGCUCCUGCUGAUCACUGCUAUGCAGGACCUGAAGAUGUGGCCUGUGAUGUCUGCACUGGGAGAAGACUGAAAGCUCUCAAGUCCUGUUUGGUUUGUUUGGCCUCUUAUUGUGAAAAACACCUCCAGCGUCAUCUUCAGUCAGCUCCAUUGAAGAAGCACAAGCUGGUGGAGCCCUCGAAGAAGCUCCAGGAGAACAUCUGCUCUCGUCACGACGAGGUGAUGAAGAUGUUCUGCCGCACUGAUCAGCAGUGUAUCUGUUAUCUCUGCUCUGUGGAUGAACAUAAAGGCCACGACACAGUGUCAGCUGCAGCAGAAAGGACUGAGAGGCAGAGAGAGCUCGGGCGGAGGAGACAAACAAUCCAGCAGAGAGUCCAGGACACAGAGAAAGACGUGAAGCUGCUUCAACAGGAGGAGGAGGCCAUCAAUGGCUCUGCUGAUAAAGCAGUGGAGGACAGUGAGGAGAUCUUCACUGAGCUGAUCCAUCUGCUGGAGAAAAGAAGCUCUGAUGUGAAGCAGCAGAUCAGAUCCCAGCAGGAAACUGAAGUGAGUCGAGUCAGAGAGCUUCAGGAUAAACUGGAGCAGGAGAUCACUGAGUUGAAGAGGAAAGACCAUGAACUGAAGCAGCUCUCAGACACAGAGGAUCACAACCAGUUUCUACACAACUACCCCUCACUUUUACCACUCAGUGGAUCUACACAAUCAUCCAGCAUCAGGAUCCGUCCUCUGAGGAACUUUGAGGACGUGACAGCAGCUGUGUCACGGGUCAGAGGUCGACUACAGGACAUUCUGAGUGAGACAGGGACGGAGAUCUUACAGAUUGAACCAGUAAGAACCAGUGAACAACAAGCAGUGAACUCGCUGACAAGGACCGCUCUCUACUACAGUUCAGAUGGCGAUGAUGAAGUCCAGCAGCUGGCGGCCAAGAGCUUUUCUCCCAUAUUGUGCCCAAGACAGCAGAGAACUUCAAGAAGAGGAGCGAGGAGAAAGGCUUCGGACUGCGAAACUCCGUCUUCCACAGAGUCAUACCAGACUUCAUGUGUCAGUCAAUCUACGGCAGCACGUUUGAGGAUGAGAACUUCGACGUUCGGCAUACGGGCCCAGGAAUCCUGUCAAUGGCCAACUGUGGGCGCAACACCAACCACUCCCAGUUCUUCAUCACGCUGAGGAAAGCCGAACACCUGGACUUCAAACACGUGGUUUUUGGUUGGGUGCGGGACGGCA